UAGAAACAGAGGCGUUCAACCACCCUGAACCCGGCCGCAAGGGCGAGCCAGAGAUAGGCGCUUCCAAUGGGCCCGUGAGUAGUUGGCAGUGCUGGGCACCAGCGGAGAUCCAGACUGAGGACGGGGAGGAAUGGCUGAAGCUGCUGCACCCGGCGGAUCAGGAAGGGAGCUCGUCGAUGAAUUCACCGCCCCUGCGGACAAGAGGUCCCUGCUGGAGAGAAGCAGAGGCCGGAUUCAGGCGCUCUUUCCAGUGCUGUUCACCGUGCUGGGCUCUUUGGAGAGCUUCCAUUAUGCAGAGAGAGAGGAUGAGCGAAGCCCUGGUCACAUCUGGCUGCAAAUCAAAGGGGAGAGAGAGGCUGUGCGUAAGGCCAAGGAAUACGUGAAGGGUCUUUGUGAACCAGAAAUGGAGGCAAAGGAAAGCUAUCCAAAAGAAAUGCACUGCAUCUUCGUCGGGGCCAAGAGCCUGUUUCUUAAUCGUCUCAUUCAGGAUACCUACGCCAACAUCAGCGUGUUGGAAAUCGGGGUCCUCAGUAUCAAAGGGGCCACGGAACCUGUAGUGAUGGCUCAAAGUCAGGUCCAGCAGUUUGUGAGCCUCUUCAGGAACAACGAGAGCGUGCCGUGCGACAAAGAGCCCGACGUGAAAAAAAAGUUCAAGUGUUUCGUGGAGGCGCACGCGGACAAGUACACGGUGGAUUUAUUACUGCUGCCCAGUGCCCUGAAGGACGCGCUCUUGGGGCUGACCGGGGACGACCGCCGUUGGGAGAAUGACGAUAGUUUGGAUGCCCAGCUGAAUAGUUCAGAUCACUCAUCUGAGCACCAAAUAAACACCAAGGAAAAGCGUAGAAAGCAAGCGGGGACGCCUGUCACAGAGCUGACUUGUCAGCUGGACUCUGUUUUUUUCAGUGUUUCUGACUCCGGUGGAGGGUCGUUAAACGGGAAUUCAUCCCUAGAGGAGCGUCUGUCGGUUAAAAGGCGUUACUCUGAAAGCGACGAAAGGUGCGCAAAGAAGCUCUUCUCGCUGGACGGCAUUCAGGUGGAUGGACCCGUCUCCAGAACUGACGACGCGUCCAAUGUUCCCAUUAUUGACUUGGUUUCCGAAUCCAGUGACUGGGAAGAUUCUGUGAUACUGGUGGAAGGCGAGGACCAUGUCAGCGCAGAAACCGAAUAUAAAAUCCUCGUCAACUUUUUUAAAACGAUGGGAUAUUCCCAGGAAGUAGUUGAGAAGGUUAUUGGUGAAUUUGGACAAUCAGAGGAACCCCUUAAACUCCUGGAGGAAAUUGAAAAGGAGAACAACAAAGUGCAAGAUCUCCCCUGUGUUUCCAAUGGUGGUACCAGUACAGACCAGUUCAAGCCUAACAAAACCAUUCCUGGGGGAAAAAACAUUAGGCUGCCUGUCAAAGAGUCCUUUCCGGUGCAGGAGGUGAUCAUAGAUUUAACAAUCCACAAGGGUUCCUCAGAUGACAAGACUCCCCCGAGCAGCACGUGUGAUAUAGAGAGCGACGCAUGCGAUUCUUUCAAAUCCAGACUUCAGGCACAAAGGACAGCGCUAAAAAAUUUUGAUUUUGUUGCGAGAGGCGCAUCCGGUCCGUCUCCCCCAUGUACCGAUUUGAUUGUUUUAGACGGUGCAGGACCUUCCAAGAUGCCUCCUGUGACCUCUACAAACAGAAGCUCGCAAGGCCCUUUAGCCCACAGGGGGGAAUUGGCUCCGGCACCAAGCGAGAGACCGCCCCGAUGUCAGAAUGACCCUCCUGUAACCGGAGUUCAGAUAUUUCUCAAUUCCAUUAAAGUUCCUUACCGCUUAGAACUGAAAAACGAGCCCGGAAGGAGAGACCUAAAGCGUGUUAUUAUCGACGGCAGUAAUGUGGCCAUGAGUCAUGGUUUGAAUAGAUUCUUUUCUUGCCGGGGAGUCGCUAUAGCGGUGGAGUACUUCUGGAAGAGAGGCCACCGGGAUAUAACCGUGUUUGUCCCACAAUGGAGAACCAAGCGUGAUCCAAAUAUAACAGAACAGCACUUCUUACAGCAGCUACAAGAUUUGGGGAUCCUGUCUUUCACUCCGGCCAGGACGGUGCUGGGUACCCGAAUUGCAUCGCACGAUGACAGAUUUCUGUUGCACCUUGCAGAGAGGACGGGAGGUAUAAUCGUAACGAAUGAUAACUUACGGGAAUUUGUUGUGGAAUCUCCCGUCUGGAGAGAGAUCAUUAAACACAGGUUGUUACAGUAUACGUUUGUCGGAGAUCUCUUCAUGAUCCCAGAUGAUCCUUUGGGAAGACAUGGACCGAAUUUGGAUGACUUCCUUAGGAACCACCAUGACAUCUGGAAUGUGCCCGGUGGUCAUGCACUCAACGGAGGAAUACAUCGUCCUGUCUCUACCUGCACCCCGCGCCAGUCGGUGGCAACCGGUGUCUGCGCCCCGCGCCAGUCGGUGGCAACCGGUGUCUGCGCCAGCAAUCCCUGCCGCUUUCCGGUUGGGGAUGAAAGGCUUGCGUUCAACCCAACACUUCAGAAUAUUUUGCGGCCUCUCCCCCUCACCCCCCCGCAGAGGACUCUGGCCGAAACCUCACAAUUAAAAGAAGCCCUUCUAAAGAUUUUCCCAGAAUCGAACCAGCAGCAGAAAAUCCAUCAGAUACUUUCCUCCCACCCCUACAUGAGAGACCUCAAUGCGUUAUCAGCCAUGGUCCUGGACUGAAGAGUUUGUUUCUCUUUGGAAAGUCACGUUUUGUGACACAAAGUGAAUAUUUCAUGUUGAGUUGCUUAUUUUAUUUGUACUUUUUAUUAUAGUUUUGUUACGUUAAAGGUACCCUCGUGUGUAAACACUGUACCCUGUCCACAAUUCCCAGCGGAUAAUCCCCUAAGGGCCAAGUGCCUUUGUGCCUCUGUGUAUAGUUUGGGACCAGGCGAUACCCCGGUGUUUGGGGCGCUUGUACCUAAAUUUAAAGAGAAUUUGCGUUACCGAAGGAGCAGUCCCUCGGUGUGACUUUUACCGGCUGCUUCGGAUGGAGAUUGUGUCC